UUUGCGUGUUAUUUUGAUUUGAUUUGUUAGUCAAAGCACAUCAUUGAAUUAAUUCUGUCGAAAUGAAUCAGAAUCCUGGCUCCUGGGAGAAAGUAAAGGCUGAACAGGACGAUGGUAUAAUUGACCAUUAUGAUCUGAAGAGUACUCCCUGGCGUCGUCGUUUGAAAUCCGAAUUCCCAAGUGACCCUUACGAAGAAAAGGGGUCGUAUUUUCCACAGGGCAAUAGCCAAUCUAAUGGCAUCAUAGAUCUGGAUCAGCCGAAUAGCUCCAACAAAAGUCCCCGUCAGCCCCGAAAGGAGAAUGUCGGCUGGGCUCGCUUUACGCUGAGAAAGAUUGCCAGAAACAAAGCGGAGGGCAGGACAGAACCCAGGGAUGCAGAGGACAAGGCUCGUAGCCGAAGGACGCUCCGGAAGCAGAAAAAAAAAUUGAAAAAGAAGCAGCUCAAGGCCGUCCAGCCUAAACAACAGAAGCAAAAAAAAUCGCUUGGGAAAAAAAGCAGAGCGUCCAAAAAGUCAAAGGGUGCUCCACUAGCAGUCAGGGAGCCCAAUGAGGUGGUCACGGAUAACCUGGCAAUGGCCCUGGUGGACGAGUUCCACGAUGACGGACGUUUACUAAACGAAAAGUGGGAGGAGAUCGAGAGCGUACUGGCAGAUAUGGUGACAGAUAGAAUCAUGGCUACUCCAGAGGGUCCCAUCCCGUCCUUCGACUGCUCAAAUGUAAUCCGUGGUCAUCGGGUGAUCAGGUGCGACGACGGGUUCUCGAAAGUCUUCCUGGCGGAUUGCGUGUCCAGAAUCGGCGACAGUUGGAAUGGCUUACGUAUCAGCCUAGUGCACGCCAGCGAAAUUCCCUGGCGUCCUACAGCUCGCAUCUGGUUGCCAAAGGGGCAAACAGAUCACAAUAGGAUCAUUAGCUGUCUCAGAGCUCAGAACCUGGAUGUGGACAUGGCGGACUGGGUCAUUCUCAAGGGAGAACAAGCCAUAAAGACAAGUCAGCCUUUUGUUGUACUUAUUAACCAGCGAUGCCUGCCACAACUGGAGGCAGCGGACUACAAGGUUCGCUACGGCAUAAGAAUGGCGAAGAUCAAGGUCCUUUUAACCGAGGCAGAUGAGUUAUCGGGCGAAGACGAAGAGUCCUGGAAACGCGAAGAGGACUUGCCAUGCUCGAGUAAAUCUCGCCGUUUUUCCAGAGAAUAACCUCGACAUCCACAUACGGAUGGUAACCUAGACUAGAAGCAAGAAAGCCUCAGGUUUGAAACCAUAUUAGCCAUAAUAUGCUCGAAGUCAACAAAUAGACCGUUAGUCCUUAAGAAAUAAGGAUAAGGAUAAGAAUAAUAUUAAUUAAUUCUGUUACUUAUGUUAUAGCAGUAGCAAGAUUCAAGAUGAUUGGGUCGGAAGAAAAUUUUCAUGCGUUUCAUUUAUAUCAUGAAAACGAUAUACACUUUUGUUUUUAAAAGGACACACAUGUCCUGCAGUAUUAAAUAUAAAAAAACUUAAUUCGGAACUCUGAAUUAAUAAAACAUGUA